AUGGCGAUACGCGAGGAAAUCGUGGCGUCUGCAGUAAUUCUGCAAGAUCCCAGUGUUGCCACCUCGUCCGUCGAGAACAAAAUCUCGUUUCUUCGAACCAAGAAUCUGACACAGGAGGAGAUUGAUGCCGCCAUUGCCAGAGCUGGGGGCGGCAGCGGCGCGGUAGCUCCCAGGGCUCCCUAUGCUGGCGCGCCCCAGGGUCCUCAGGGUCCUCCUCAGCAGUAUUACCAAUCCUACCCCCAGUAUGCGUGGCAGCCGCCUGCAUCAACACAACGGGAUUGGAGAGAUUGGUUCAUCAUGGCAACCGUGGUUGGGGGAGUCAGCUAUGGUCUGUACUCAUUAGGCAAGCGUUAUGUAUACCCCCUCGUAGCGCCACCUACCCCUGAAAAGCUGGAGCAGGACAAGAAGUCGAUCGAGGAGCAGUUUGACAAGGCCUUUGCCCUGGUUGAGCAGCUGUCCAAGGACACAGAGGCACUAAAGGAUGCCGAGAAGCAGCGGACAGAACGACUGGACAUUACACUGGCAGACUUGGACACGAUCAUGACGGAGCUGAAAUCAGCAAACAAGCGCCGCGAAGACGACGCGCAGCGCAUUCGCGACGAAGUACAGAGCCUCAAGGACGCCAUCCCUAGGGCCAUGAACAACCAAAAGGAGCUCACCGACAACCGACUUGCCGAAAUCAACACUGAACUUGCCAGCCUCAAGACUCUUGUGUCACAGAGGAUGAAUGCUAACUCAAAUAACUCUAUGUCGAGCGGCUACUUCCGAGGCAACAAUGGAGUCAACGGUGUCAACGGAUCGAAUGGCGUCAACGGAACUAGCGGGGCGGCUUCACCCACGACAGCACCCGGGCAAUCAGUAACUCCCCCGCCCAUCGACAGCGCUGCGGAAGCGAGCGGCACUCCCAAGCCUGAUGCUGGCAAGGGCCCGGCUCAGAACAGAUUUAACAGAGCGUCUGGCCUGUCCGUUGGCUCCGGAGCCAAGGCGUCAAUCCCAGCAUGGCAGAUGGCCAUGGCCAACCAGAAUGCCGGAUCAGCUGGUUCCUCGUCGGGCAAGGAGCCCGAAAAGGCCACCACCGAGGCCGCGGCCAGCAGCUCGUAA